AUGACCACAGUGGCCUCGCUCUCCCUGGUGCCGCACCUGCUCAUCAAGCCCUCCUUCCGCUGCCUCUCCCGAAAGGGAGUUGGCAGAUAUGGCGGAAUCAAGGUGUACGCGGUGCUCAGGGAUGAUAGUGCCGACUACCUGAAGGAUAACCACCACUGGGAGGCCCUGUUCCAUGUCGAUGACCCCGGCCCAAGGGUUCCGAUCGAGAAGGGCCAGUACCUGGAGGCCAAGCAGGCGCUCGACGUCGUCCGCUUCGACAUCCAGUACUGUGACUGGAGGGCCCGGCAGGACCUGCUCACCAUCAUGGUGCUUCACAACAAGGUGGUGGAGGUUCUUAACCCUUUAGCGAGGGACUUCAAGUCGGUUGGGAACCUGAGGAAAGACCUUGACGGUCUACAGGAGGAACUGGCAAAGGCUCACAACCAGCUUUAUUUAUCGGAAUCCAGAGUGUCGUCGGCCCUCGAUAAGCUAGCACAAAUGGAGACGGUGGUCAAUGAGAGGCUGUUGUCGGAUGGGAGCGCUUUCGCAAACACGGCCGAUUGCGCUUCUCUUGAUCCGAGUACUUCUCUUGAUACAACUACGAGCACUUCCUCCACGGUCCGACUCGGAGCUAAAAAACCGAAGCGUCGCAGUCUCAACAUUUCUGGCCCUGUCAAGCCUUACAGUGCCAAUCUGAAGAACUUCUGGUACCCGGUGGCUUUUUCCAGUGACCUGAAGGAUGACACAAUGGUGCCCAUAGAUUGUUUCGAGGAACAGUGGGUAAUAUUCCGCGGAAAAGAUAAAAGGCCUGGAUGUGUGCAGAAUACAUGUGCUCACAGAGCCUGCCCUCUUGAUCUUGGUUCAGUGAAUGAGGGUAGAAUCACUUGCCCUUACCAUGGGUGGGAGUAUUCGACUGACGGAAAAUGCGAGAAAAUGCCAUCAACAAAGAUGCUCAACGUGCGCAUCCGGGCAUUGCCGUGCUUCGAGCAAGAAGGAAUGGUCUGGAUCUGGCCCGGCGAUGACACCCCUACACCCACCAUCCCUUCCUUGCUGCCCCCUUCAGGGUUUACAAUCCAUGCAGAGAUAGUGAUGGAGCUACCGGUGGAACAUGGACUUCUCUUGGACAAUCUACUAGACCUCGCUCAUGCCCCUUUUACUCAUACAUCCACCUUUGCCAAGGGCUGGAGUGUUCCAAGCUUUGUGAAGUUCUUGACACCUACAUCUGGGCUCCAAGGGUACUGGGAUCCUUAUCCCAUCGAUAUGGAGUUCCGACCGCCCUGCAUGGUCUUGUCAACCAUUGGCAUCUCCAAGCCUGGAAAGCUAGAAGGGAAGAGCACCCAACAAUGUGCAACGCAUCUCCACCAGCUCCAUGUAUGCUUGCCCUCAUCGACGAAUAAAACCAGGCUGUUGUACCGGAUGUCUCUCGACUUCGCACCCUGGAUGAAGCACAUGCCUUUCAUGCACCUGUUGUGGUCACAUUUCGCUGAGAAGGUCUUGAAUGAGGAUCUGCGGCUUGUGCUCGGCCAACAAGACCGAAUGAACAAUGGAGCUAACGUUUGGAACUGGCCAGUGUCGUAUGACAAGCUCGGCAUCCGGUAUCGGCUAUGGAGGGAUGCAGUCGAGAGGGGUGUCGAUCGGUUACCGUUCAGCAACGAAAUUGAGAGUGGAUCAUAG